UCACCCGGCAGCCGCCCGGCUCAGUCCCUCGCCGGCUGGUCCGGGCAGCAGAGGAGGGUGGGCGUCAGCGGCUGGAGGUUUCGCUAUGGGAAGUUGCUCCUUUGCUCUCUCGCGCCCAGCCCUCCUCCCUGAUUCUCCGCAGCCGCUGUCGGAGGAGAGCACGGGGAGGCGCGGGCUGGAGCCGCCGCUGCCUCUCUCUGCCCGGGCGGCCGCGCCGCUGGGCAGGUGCUAAGCGCCCCCGGAGCCUCCCUCGCCGCUUCCCUCCUCUGCCCGGCUGCCCCACUGCCACAGUGCCUAUGGGGUGUUGGAGGUAGAUGGGCUCCCGGCCCGGGAGGCGGCGGUGGAUGCUGCGCUCGGUAGAAGCAGCCUCCGAUUCCAGCUGCCAGGGGGCCGCGCGCCCCAGGCGCCCCUGCGAGCCCCUGGCCCAGCCAUGGGGAUCUCCAGGAGCAGCAGCACCGCCGACUUCACCUCCUGCAGCCGCAUCGCGGGUCGAGCCGGAGCCACGAUGAUCGCUGGCUUGCUUCUCCUGCUUGGAUUCCUUUGUCCCACCACUGCUCAGCCAGAACAGAAGGUCCCGAAUCUCAUUGGCACCUACUACCACGUUGACCGUGUCACCGGCCAGGUGCUAACCUGUGACAAGUGUCCAGCAGGGACCUAUGUAUCUGAGCACUGUACCAACACAAGCCUGCGUGUCUGCAGCCGUUGUCCUGCAGGGACCUUUACCAGGCAUGAGAAUGGCAUAGAGAAAUGCCAUGACUGCAGUCAGCCAUGCCCAUGGCCAAUGGUUGAGAAAUUACCCUGUGCUGCCUUGACUGACCGAGAAUGCACUUGCCCACCUGGCAUGUUCCAGUCCAAUGCUACCUGUGCCCCCCACACAGUGUGUCCUGUGGGUUGGGGUGUGCGGAAGAAGGGGACGGAGACUGAGGACGUGCGGUGCAAGCAGUGUGCUCGGGGUACCUUCUCUGAUGUGCCUUCUAGUGUGAUGAAAUGCAAAGCAUACACAGACUGUCUGAGUCAGAACCUGGUGGUGAUCAAGCCGGGGACCAAGGAGGCAGACAAUGUCUGUGGCACACCCCCAUCCUUGAGCACGACCCCACCUUCCCCUGGCACAAUCAUCUUUUCACAUCCUGAGCACAUGGAAUCCCAGGAAGUCCCUUCCUCCACUUAUGUUCCCAAAGGCAUGAACUCAACAGAAUCCAACUCUUCUGCCUCUGUUAGACCAAAGGUACCUAGUGGCAUCCAGGAAGGGACGAUCCCUCAAAACACAAGCUCAGUGAGGGGAGAGGAAGGCGUGAACAAGACCCUCCCAAACCUCCAGGUAGUCAACCACCAGCAAGGCCCCCACCACAGACACAUCCUGAAGCUGCUGCCAUCCAUGGAGGCCACUGGGGGUGAGAAGUCCAGCUCAGCCGUCAAGACCUCCAAGAGGGGCCACCCCAGGCAGAACCUGCACAAGCAUUUUGACAUCAAUGAGCAUUUGCCCUGGAUGAUUGUGCUUUUCCUGCUGCUGGUGCUUGUGGUGAUAGUGGUGUGCAGUAUCCGGAAAAGCUCGAGGACUCUGAAAAAGGGCCCCCGGCAGGAUCCCAGUGCCAUUGUGGAAAAGGCAGGGCUGAAGAAAUCCAUGACCCCAACCCAGAACCGGGAGAAGUGGAUCUACUACUGCAAUGGCCAUGGUAUUGACAUUCUGAAGCUUGUAGCUGCCCAAGUGGGAAGCCAGUGGAAGGACAUCUAUCAGCUUCUGUGCAAUGCAAGCGAGAGGGAGGUGGCUGCUUUCUCCAACGGCUACACUGCAGACCACGAGCAGGCCUAUGCCGCUCUGCAGCACUGGACCAUCCGGGGGCCAGAGGCCAGCCUUGCCCAGUUGAUCAGUGCGCUGCGCCAGCACCGGCGCAAUGAUGUGGUGGAGAAGAUCCGUGGGUUGAUGGAAGAUACGGCCCAGUUGGAAACUGACAAACUGGCUCUCCCCACAAGCCCCAGCCCACUUAGCCCAAGCCCCAUCCUCAGCCCCAGCAAGAAACUUGAGAAUUCCACUCUCCUGACGGUGGAGCCUUCCCCCCUGGAUAAGACCAAGGGUUUCUUUGUGGAUGAGUCUGAACCCCUUCUUCGCUGCGACUCCACCUCCAGUGGCUCCUCCGCGCUGAGCAGGAACGGCUCCUUUAUUACCAAAGAAAAGAAAGACACAGUGUUGAGGCAGGUGCGCCUGGACCCCUGCGACUUGCAGCCAAUCUUUGACGACAUGCUCCAUAUCCUGAAUCCCGAGGAGCUCAGGGUGAUCGAAGAGAUUCCCCAGGCUGAGGACAAACUGGACCGGCUGUUUGAGAUUAUUGGAGUCAAGAGCCAGGAAGCCAGCCAGACCCUCCUGGACUCUGUUUAUAGCCAUCUUCCCGACCUAUUGUAGAACACGAAGGAUACUGCACUCUGGAAUAUUACUCAAUUUAGUGGCAGGGUGUUUUUGUUUUGUUUUCUGUUUUUGUUUUCUGGUGUGUAUGUGUGUGUGUGUUUAACAGAAUAUAUGGCCAGUGUUUGAGUUCUUCCUUUUUAAAAACAAUUUUUUUAACCCUCCUGGGAAGUUAGUUUAUAAGCCUUUUCAAGGUGUAACUGUUGCAAAAUACCCACUACUAAAGUUUUUUAAGUUCCAUAUUUUCUUUGUUUUGCCUUCUUGUGUAUUUUCAAAAUUGUUCUGUGCACUUUAAAUUCACUUAAAUACCAUAAAUGCAGUGUGACUUUUCCUGCACGCUGGAUUUUGAGGCUCUUAACUUCUUAAAAGUGUAAUGGCAUCAAUCAUGUGAAUUCUUCAUGCCUCUCCACAGCCACACCUACUCUUUUUAUUAUUGCUGUUAUUAUUAUUUGUCAUUUACAAAUUUUCUUAAGGGUUAAGGAAACUUAAGACCCUGUUGAGUUACUGUAAGGCGAUUAGAUUUUGAGUUAUCCUUCUAAUAUGUCUUGUUAUAUAGUUUAUAUUCAUGGCUGAAACUUGACCACACUGUUGCUGAUUGUAUGAUUUUUACCUGGACACCGUAUAGAAUGCUUGAUUCCUUGUGCUUCUCACGCUAAUAUGCUCUAGGCUGGAGAAAUGAAAUCCUCAAGCUGUCGGAACUUGCUAUUGAAGUGGCAGACAACUGGGCCACCAAAGAAUUUGAACUUCAUCUUUUAGGGAUUGAGCUGUUCUGGAAUAGGUUGCUGUACUUUGGAAGAUCAAAAAUGGAGUCCUAGUGGCAUCUUUUGCAUAGAGAAUUCACCCAGCUUUGCUUUAAAAGAUGUCUUGUUUUUCAUACACACGUAGUCACCAGGUUUAGUCAGUCCUCAAGCCUUGGUCUUGGUAGGUCGCCUACAUCAUUCAAUCACUUUAAGUAAAAAUGGCUGCAGCUGUAAGAACUCUUUGUCUGAUAUAUUUGCAACUAUGCUCCCGUUUAUAAACACACUGUCUAAUGCUCAGUGGCAGAUUCUAAUACAAAGUUGGUGCAAACUACCUUUGUGUGGACUGAUUAGGGGUCUGUGGGUAGUGGUGAGGAACAGAUAUCUGAAAAAUGCCUUCAAAUGUACUAAUUUAUUAAUAAAUUUAGGUGUUUGUUACUUGA